CAUUUAUUUAAAUUUUUUCAAGAAAAAAAGAUGAUUUCAUCAACCAGACAUUUAGCAAGAUUAGUCAAAAACACCAGAAAAUACUCAACUGGAUUUUGGAGUCAAGUCCAAAAGGGACCAGAAGAUCCAAUUUUAGGUGUCAGUCUCGCCUUCAACAAAGAUCAAUCACCACAUAAAAUCAAUUUAGGUGUUGGUGCUUACCGUGAUGAAAAUGGUAAACCAUACGUUUUAGAUUGUGUUAAAAAAGCCGAUAAAAAAGUUUUUGAAGCCAAUGUUGAUCACGAAUAUGCUCCAAUUGUUGGUGUUGCCCAAUUCAAUCAAUUAGCUGCUCAAUUAGCUUUAGGUGAAGAUUCACAACACAUUAAAGAAAAACGUAUCACCACUGUUCAAGCUAUUUCUGGUACUGGUGCUCUUCGUAUUGCUGCCGCUUUCUUAGGUCGUUUCUAUCAAGGUAAAACCGCCUACGUUCCAAAUCCAACCUGGGGUAAUCAUAAUGUUAUUUUCGCCGAUUGUGGUGUUCCAGUUAAAUCAUAUGGUUAUUACGAUCCAAAGACUUGUGGUCUCAACUUUGAUGCCAUGAGCAACGAUAUCAAGAGCGCUCCAGAAGGUUCAAUCAUUUUAUUACACGCUUGUGCCCAUAACCCAACUGGUGUCGAUCCAUCAAUGGAACAAUGGAAAAAGAUUUCAGAUAUCUGUAAAGAACGUAAACACUUUGUUCUCUUUGAUUUUGCUUACCAAGGCUUUGCCUCUGGUAACCCAGAAAAAGAUGCUGCUGCCAUUCGUUUAUUCGUUGAACAAGGUCACAACAUUGCUCUCUGCCAAUCAUUCGCUAAAAACUUUGGUCUCUAUGGUGAACGUAUCGGUGCUUUCUCACUCUUAACUGCCACCCCAGAAGAAGCCAUCAACGUUGAAUCCCAAUUAAAGAUUUUAAUUCGUCCAAUGUAUUCAAAUCCACCAGUUUAUGGCGCUCGUCUCGUUUCAGCCAUUCUCAAAGAUAAAGAACUCACCAACCAAUGGAGAACUGAAGUUAAAGGUAUGGCCGAUCGUAUCAUUGAUAUGAGAGAACAACUCGUUAAAUACCUCAAGAAACACGGUUCAACUCGUGAUUGGAGUCACAUCACCAACCAAAUUGGUAUGUUCUGUUUCACUGGUCUCACCCCAGAACAAGUCGAUCGUUUAGCAUCUGAAUUCCAUAUUUACUUAACAAGAAAUGGUCGUAUUUCAAUUGCUGGUAUCAAUUCAACCAACGUUGAAUAUUUAGCUAAAGCUAUGCAUGCUGUUACCAAAAAUAACUAAACAACCAAAGAAAAUGUUAUUUUUAAAAAACAAAAAAAAAACAGUAAUAUAAAUAUUUAAAAAAACAAAACAAAAAUAAAAUAUAAUUAAAAAAUUAUAUGUAUUGUAGAUUAUAAUUUUUUUUUUUUAAAUUGU